AUGGUGUGGCUUCUGGAUGAAGAGUACGACAGGGAGCACCGGGCUGUUCAUAUGACGGAGAGGGGAACGGAUCUUCACCCUUUGAAGAUUCGUUACCAUGGCACACCGGAUAUACCUUAUGACGAGAGGUACACGGAGUUCAUCCGGCCUACCGGUCUUAUGCCGUUCAUAUCCCUUGUAAGCCGUGGGGGCCAAAAGGAGAGAGUUCCCGCCGGCGCGUCUUUCACUUGGAUCGAACUAACUUUGCACGAAUGCCCCAUAGAGGCCGACGAGGACACUCGGAGGACGUACGCCCGCGUGUACUUAUGGUACAUGAUUUCCGGGACUCUCUUUCCCGACGAUGGGGGUAAGCUGGCCCAUUGGUGUUGGCUGAAGGCGCUUACGGUGUUGGACGCCCGGUGGAGUUGGGGAACAGCGGCACUUGCCUACCUCUACCGGCAGUUGGACGAAGCUUGUCGCAGGACUGGGAGCAAGACGGGUAGCGGCGGUAUUGGUGGAUGCAUGCUCCUACUUUCCGUAUGGAGCUGGGACCGCCUAUCAGUUGGGCGUCCCAGUGGUACUCAACGAGACCCCACUUGGGCAUACCUUUGGGACAAUGUCUCGGAGAUGACGAGCGAUCCAAUGAUCAUGUACGGGCAGUACACUGCGGAGUUGGACACUCUUACCGCUGAGCGGCGGGAGGAGAUCCGUAAAACAGCCGAGGAGUGCGAGGUUGUGUGGGAGCAGAGCCACACAGAUGAAAAGCUCUGUGUUAGACCAAAGGAAAUGCAAGGUGCAUAG